UUGAUUUAAGUCCUGCAAACAAACAUAAAGCAUCACAUCAAUUGGGAGCAUACAGACACUAAUUCGUGAAUUGUCAGAUACACUAGAUGAUACGGGAGGCUACGUGGGGGCAUACAAAAGUGUCACGCAUCGUAUAGAGUAGGUUUCGUCGUGACGCACCAACCAUAGCCACCUCCUCCACGUACCAGUCUCGCGGCAGCGUGCUGAUGUCCACCCCGUCGAGAAGCUUAGGAUUGCGACGCAAGGACAGGUAAGGACACAGGAGUAGUACAUAAGUAGGGAAAGUGACUGACUACAGAAGCACAGGAAGCAUCCCACAGGUGUUCCGACAAACCGAAGAGCUACAUGGCCAGCCCCGUCUACCUCCCCGGCACAUCCCAGCUGCCUCGACGCAGAGCAGAAAAUCGGGGCGGGGGCAAAGUCGUCUGUACGAAUGAGCCGCCCUGUCCCUGAGAAACCUACUGAGGCAGAAACUUCAGUUGAGAGCGGCGAAAAAUGCAGCGAUGAAGACAGUACAGAUAGAAUAAACAUGAUUGAAUACCCGUAGAUCCCUAUUGACCUCAGAAAGAUUUCAUGGCAUUCACAGCUCAUCUUCACUCCAGGCUGAUGCGAACGCUGCACGUGUGGCUAAUGACUCGGUCUCCCUUCUUGAACUUGAACAAAACAGGCAGGCGCAAUCGCUGCCAAGAAGCGCACACGUCAGCACACGUCAAGUUGUCUGUCUGCGCAUCGCCUACCUUCUCCAUAGAAUGGUGGAUGUUGUUGCCACCGGUCUUAGAACGAAGCGUCAAGGUGAGGGUCUGUUUCGUCAAGUUGGGCUUGACGACAAUCCCCGACGCUUCCACCCCACCUUCUCCGACAGCGCCGUCUUCCUUGGGGGGCCGUACGUCAACCCCUAUGGCUUUCCAGCCCUUUGCGACCGUGGCGAACUCACUGCGGCGAUCACAGGCACAACAAUGAGGAGUCACAACCCCUGAUUACUUUUUCUCUGUUUCGCGAUCAUACUGGAUGGAUUUCGUCUCCUUCGUCGACAGCAGCGCAUCUUUGCACGUCACAAACGCGCCUCUAGUCCCUGUCCCAGUCUCAGUGCUCGUUGAGUUGCACCUGAUCGCCACUGAUACGGAGAUGGACAGACACACAAGAACAUCUGGCUCGUGUGUUCCUUCCCCUUGUGUGGAGGGACAAGCUGGUACCUUCGCACGUUUCGGAGAAAGUCGACGUGGAACCAUCCAGAUUCAGACGCUCAAGCGUAAACCCGACCGGCAAAAGCAACGGCUGCUCGGUGUCCACAGGCAGAGCCGCACUGCCGCACUCUGACCACAGCCAAAGAUAACCAUAGGCUUUCAGCGUGUGAUGAAAUGCACUGCGUCACCGAGCAGAAGCAGUUGCGGGUUGAUGGCCGUACUCCCAAGAUCGAAGAGCCGAAUGUCCUGCAAGCAUUUCAGCCAAAGGCACAACGGCAGGAAGAGUCGACGCCUCUCAUACAACGAGUCGUCUUAACCACCUCGCUCAAUCGAUCACCUGUCCGUCCAGUCCAGAACUGAGGAAGAAACAAUCGCGCGCAACCCUCACUAUGUGUAUGUCAUGCAGCAGGUUGCGACUCACCUUAGGGGUGGUUGGCAACUGUCGUUAAAGGGGGGAGGCACUGACACCCUGCAGCGGACAAAGCACGUGUAUAUGACAUCUCGCGCGGUUGAGCGGUGUUUGUCUCACUCAUAGUCGCCGUUUGGCGGAAGCGGACUUCCAGAAGCGGCCAUCAGGCUCACGAAAUCGCUGGUUGUGACAGCACACACACACACACACACACACUUUCGCGUCCUAUAUACAGCUACAUGUCACCUUCUUCACCUUAUCGCUCCCGAGACAAUUUCUCCGCCUCUCACACCCGUCAGCGAACCGCCAGCGCACAUCAGGCCAUUCUGUUUUGGUGACCGCUGCCUUCCUUCGCCUGCAAGCACAUCCCGUCCGAAGAGGAAUCCAGUCGUCCGCCCGUUUCCUCGUACCUGGACGGAAUGGGGCAGCGGAACAGAGGAGGGGAAGAGAGGCGAAGAGAAGGAGCAGCGGGCACAUCGUUUUGCACAGAAUAUGACAGCUGAGUUCUGCAAAGCCUUAA